UUUUUGUCAAGCUUGUUUUAUAACUAAAUAAACGCAAAAAAUAUGGGCAAUCCAAUCUGGUUUAUCUUUUGGUUCUUGGUCUUCUGGUUCAUUUCAUUCUUUGUGGCAUUCUUCUGUGCUGCCUUCUACAUUAUUCUGUUGAUCUUUACGACAUGUUUCCCCGGUUUGACGUCAAUUACCGACAUUCUAUUGCAAUGCCUACAAUUCCCCCACUACUGUGCCAAGGCCAUGAUGGAGUGCAGACAACCCUUCUAAAUUAUUCGCCAUUGUAGAAUCUUCUU